GUCAUCUCCUUUACUGUCCACAGUCUCUGGUCAUCUCCUGUGCUGUCCGCAGUCUCUGGUCAUCUCCUGUACUAUGUCCGCAGUCUCUGGUCAUCUCCUGUACUGUGUCCGCAGUCUCUGGUCAUCUCCUGUACUGUAUCCGCAGUCUCUGGUCAUCCCCUGUACUGUCUGCAGUCUCUGGUCAUCUCCUGUGCUGUCCGCAGUCUCUGGUCAUCUCCUGUGCUGUCCGCAGUCUCUGGUCAUCUCCUGUACUAUGUCCGCAGUCUCUGGUCAUCUCCUGUACUAUGUCCGCAGUCUGACCAUCUCCUGUACUAUGUCCGCAGUCUGACCAUCUCCUGUACUAUGUUCGCAAUCUCUAGUCAUCUCUCCUGUACUGUGUCCGCAGUCUCUGGUCAUCUCCUGUACUGUCUGCAGUCUCUGGUCAUUCCCUGCACUGUCUGCAGUCUCUGGUCAUUCCCUGCACUGUCUGCAGUCUCUGGUCAUUCCCUG